CACAAGCCCACCUAAAACUUGGGUAGGGGUAGGUGCAUUUUGCACUCGUUACACUUUAUGUUUCGUGGUAUGCAAACCAAUUUUCAUUUCUCAUACACAAUGCAAAAUGAUUCAUGACUUAUUCGAUCUAGCCGUCUACAGCAGCAUCUUGUGAUCCAGAAGAACUACAACUAUAUAUCAGCUAUCUUAUUAUCAGCACUGGCAGCAAGCUCGCCAUGUCUACAACCAUCCCUGCUGUUGUUGCUUUUGGCGGAAUGGAUGAGAAUCCAGAAGACUUACCAAGCUCUACUACAACAACCUUCACCAAUAUCGUCACUGUAACCCUCCCAGAAUACUACAGCUACUAUGAAUACCCAGAUGGUGACUUCGGGAGGUGUGUGUAUGAGCAUUAUGGGGCCAAUUUUAUUCCCACCCUCUAUGCCAUUUUCUUCCUCCUGGGCCUUCUGGGUAACUCUUUGGUCCUCUGGGUCAUUACUUGUGGCGUGCGACUCCGCAGCAUGACCGACGUGUGCCUCCUAAACUUGGCUAUUGCUGACCUUCUCUUGGUGUGUACCCUUCCCUUCCUAGCCCACCAAGCCCGGGACCAGUGGCUGUUUGGGGAUGCUAUGUGCAAAGCGGUCCUUGGUAUUUAUAAUAUUGUUUUUUACUGUGGGAUCUUUUUCAUCACUCUAAUGAGCAUUGACCGGUACUUGGCUAUAGUACAUGCCGUUUACGCUAUGAGAGUACGGACAAGGUCCUUCGGAAUAAUCGCAGCGGCUGUGACAUGGUUGGCUGGGUUUUUGUCUUCUUUCCCCGAAUUGAUCUUCCUCAAAGAGCAGCCUAGAGUGAAUACUAAUGGGACUCAGUUUUUCUGCUACCCUGUGUAUCCCACAGCAACUUCGAAUGACGACACCACUUUAUCCAACUCUCACAUCUGGAGCAUCUUCUGCUUUUUUAAAAUGAACUUUUUGGGUUUAUUUGUCCCGGUUGUCAUCAUGGGUUUCUGCUACUCACAGAUUGUCCAAAGGCUGCUGCACAGCCAGUCAUCCAAGAAACAAGCGAUCCGUUUAGUUCUCAUAGUGGUAGUUGUUUUCUUCUGCUGCUGGAUCCCCUACAACGUUGCAUCCUUCUUCAAAGCACUGGAGCUAUUGCACAUCUAUACAGAAUGUGAAAGCAGCAAAGCCAUCACAUUGGCUUUACAAGUCACUGAGGCCAUUGCCUACUCUCACAGCUGCCUCAACCCCAUCCUGUAUGUGUUUGUUGGGGAGAAGUUCAGGAGGCACCUGCUAAGAUUGAUAAACAAGUCUCCCUGCAGGCUGUGUCAGAUGGUCAAAGUCUGCAUACCCCAGGACAGAAUCAAUGGGUCAGUCUACUCACAGACCACCAGCCUGGACGAGAGGAGCACUACUGUGUAAAGUGUGUUCCAUAUACUGUAUAAAGGUGGGUUGUUACUAUAUUUCUGUCUGUGUGGUCAUCUGCACAAUGAGGGCAUUUCUUGUGGUAAUUUGCAUUUCUUAUGGGCUAUUUUAGGACUUCAGUUCAAUAUGACAAAAUACAGCGUGACAAUGUGUCAGCUUGAGAGACACAGGAUUUUGUAAUAAAGUAACAUGCAAACACAGUUUACCUGUGUGUAAAGAUAUAUAUCUUUAUACUUGUAUAAGUGCUAUAGACCAAAUAAGUAUCGUUCUGGAUAUGCAAGAUCUUUAACAGAGUUGAAGCAAUUUUAUAAUAGGUAAGAAACUGUCCCGAAAUACAUUUUGUCUUCUCUUUUUUUAGAGAGAGACAAACUCAGAUGCCGACCAGUUCCUUGCAGUCAAUCCGGGCAAACACCAUUAAGAGAAGUGCAACAAAUAGGUACACAUAGCUAAUAGC